GACCUGGAUCCCGACCCGCAGCCUCCCGGCCCCGCGGGCGCAUGGGGGCGGGGGGCGGGGCGGCCCCGCGGUGGGCGGAGCGGCGGUCGCGGCCGUGAGCCCGCCCCCCACUCGCCCUCCGCCCGCUGGCCGGCGCGGCCAUGGAAGUCUACAUCCCGUCCUUUCGCUACGAGGAGAGUGACCUGGAGCGGGGAUACACGGUGUUUAAGAUAGAAGUGUUAAUGAAUGGAAGAAAACAUUUUGUCGAAAAAAGAUACAGCGAAUUUCAUGCUUUGCACAAAAAGCUUAAGAAAUGCAUAAAAACUCCAGAAAUCCCUUCUAAACAUGUUAGGAACUGGGUCCCCAAAGUCUUGGAACAGCGCCGACAAGGUUUGGAAACAUACUUACAGGCUGUCAUUUUAGAAAAUGAAGAACUUCCCAAACUGUUUCUUGAUUUCCUAAACGUGCGACACUUGCCCUCUCUACCAAAGGCAGAAAGUUGUGGAUCUUUUGAUGAAACAGAGUCUGAAGAGUCAAGCAAACUGUCCCACCAGCCUGUGCUGCUGUUCCUCAGGGAUCCAUACGUCUUGCCUGCAGCCAGCGAUUUUCCAAAUGUGGUUAUUGAAGGAGUCCUCCAUGGGAUAUUUUACCCUCAUCUACAGCCCAGGUAGAAAUCCUACAUGGCUAAAAGAAGCAGAAGCAAGUUUCGAAGUCACAGUCACGGAAAUCAAUACCUACCAAAUUAACCUAAACUCUGUGAUAUAUAACAGCUGCUAGUGGCAAAAUUCACAGUCCCAGCUUAAUUCAGGGCAGGGACGUUUCCAUUAGAAUGGUGCUCUUAAAAAAAGAAACUGAACUAGGGCGGUGGUCAGGCUAAGGCCAAGUGUUUAAGAAGUAGAAUGUAGCCACCAGCUUAGAAACCCAUGGAAAGGAGGCCACAGGAGAUUCCUGGGAGCGCUGGGUGUCGCAAAACAAAGCCACUCUCUGCUUCAGUCACACCAUUUGCUAAUUGAAAAACGUGUCCUGAAUCAUACUGAGACUGAUCAACUUUGGUAGCUUUUUUGUUCAGAUCUUACGACAUACUACUCUUCUCACCGGGAGAUUUUCUCAGCCAGUGGUAGUACAUUCUGAAAUGCUGGCAUCAGGAGACGGUCACAGACACACACUGCUAAACGUGAGGAAGGAAUUAAACUGGAAAUUAAGUUAUACUGACAAUAUUAUGGCAUUUUUAAGAUCAUGGCAUUUUAAUUUACAUUAGAGUGGGUUGCAUCAUACUCAGGGGUUAGCUUCCAAGGUCAGUAUAUAGGUAAAAUGGGCUAUUAGGAUGAUCCUUGAAAACCCUUUAGAAAGGUGCCAUGUUGGAAAUCUGUACAUCUACCACAAGUAGCUUUUCCUCCCAGGUUGGAAAAAAAAGUGUUUCUUUGUUUGAAGACCAAGUGAAGUUUUUGGUGUUUAUUUAGGGGCCAUUUUGUAUAAAAA